ACACAAUCCCCCCCCCCCCCAAAGAAGGGGGGAAGCCGCACCGAAGCCAUGGCCUCGGUGCCGGAGCUCAUGGCGGAGGCCCGCGCCGAGCAGGCGCUGAUCGCUUCGCAACUGCGGGCGCUCAAGGGUGAGCCGCCGCUAGGUGACUCACCAAGGUCGCCUUCGAAGCCAGGUCAGCAGCCGGGGCCUCUGAGCCCCACCAGCUCCUUCUCCCCCAAAGCCCCGGGCUUCGGCGCCGGUCUCGGCGGUCUCGGCGGUCUCGCCGGUCGCGGCUCCGGCGAGCGCGGCGCCGGUGUCGGCCUUUCGGCCAGCCCGAGCCUCGCGGGCCCGCUGCAAGGAUACCCGGACGAGAUCUCAGCGCUGCGCGAGCACGUCGCGGAGCUGGAUAACGAGAUCGCCAUGCGAGACAUGGCCACGGAGGCGCUGCGAGAGAAGGUGCGAAACUUGCAAGAGGCCCUCGAGAAGGCGCUGCUGUCGCCCGCAGAGGGGGGGCUUUGGAAGGAUCGUUACCAGACAGCGCAGAAGGAGAACGAGGUCCGCGGCCGCGAGAUCAAGGAGCUGAAGCUACAAAUGGACGUCAAGGACAAGGAGAUCAAGCUCCUCUCGCAAUACGUGCGGAAGCUCGAGGAGGAAGCUCGGAUCCGCGACUCCCAGCGGGAGCGCCUGCUGACCGAUGCCUCCAUCAGCCGAAGCAAGUUCAAGCAGACGGAGGCGGAGCAGCAGGAGCUGGUGACUCGACUCCACGGCCUCGAGGACUCCUUCGCGCGCUGCGUGGGCCGAGUGACCCAGGCGGCCACGGCCGGAGUGGUGGGCGUGUGUUUGGAGGAGGCCCAGCCGGUGCCGCGCUUCGCGGUGCUCACGAGGCGUGAGCCCAACGGCGCGGUCUUGGAGAUCUUCGAGGAGCCGGACAGCCACUGGGAGCUUUGUGCUGUUGAGCUGUCCCCUUUGGGGGUUGGUCGAAAGCCUCCGGUGGGCCUCGAUGAGAACGCGCUGUCGCUGGUCACUUGCGGAGUGGCCGGGGGAGGUGUCGGCUCCCAGGAGAUGGUGAGCUGCCCGGCCAUCAAGUGCCCGGACAGGGCCUCCUUCAUCAAAUGGUCCUGUGCCUUCCGGAACCUGGGCCUGCUGCCCCCCUACGGCGCAGUGGCAGAGACGCCGACCAGCCCCAAGUCCCCAGCGUCACCGGGCGCCCGCUCGGAGGGCGCAUCGCUUGCCACGCCCGCGCUGGCGCAGAAGGACGAGG